AUGGAACUCUCAUUAUCUUCCCUUGGUUACCACGAGGUAGUUGUACUCCUCAGCAUUAUAACUGGUCUUGGUCUCUUUGUCUACAAAGUCCAUGACACUAUCCAAAGCCGUCGCAGCUUCAGAUCAAAGAGCAAACUACCCCCAGUAUCAGCAAACUACACACCAAGCGACUACAAAACUCCUGUCCCAGAACCUUACCCUAACUGGUCCAUUGACGACACCAAGCCUCUCCCCUACAGGGCUUUCCGCCAUGGUCCUACCUACCAGGCCACCAUGGGUCUGCGCACAUGUCCUGUAGAGGAAUGGAUCGAGCUGGAUAACCACUUUCCCAAGUAUCACGCCGACAAGGCCAAGAGAAUCGCGGAGAGAGGGACCAAAUGUGUUGACACCCAUCCUGAUGCUUAUCCCGCUGCUAUUGAACUCCUGGAAGAGAUGGCGGACUAUCUUCCUGCGAGAUACCCAAGUCUAUUCGAGAGAACCUCUGUUGGAAUCAAGAACAAGUGGUCUGGCGAGGACUUCAACAUUGUGGAGAGACCCUUGGCUGAAGAUCCCAUGGCUAUCUGUGCGCGCCUCGUCCAAGAUGAUCUCGCCAUCAUGAUUGAGCGUCCCGACGGCCAAUACUAUCUCCUCGCGGGAGCAAUUCUACUAGCUGGCUUCUGGCGCAUGUCUGACAAAUACGGCAUGUCCCUCUCAGAAAUCCACACAUCAGGCGACGUUCCUCACUUCAAGGAGAAGCUCGAGACAGGCAUGUGCAAGUUCUUCAAGCGUCUCCGUCCCGAAACAGUCUACAACCGCAACAACUACUUUGUGCAAGUCGACGACGACCUCGCGUGGAGCUGGAGCAUCGGCAGCGAAGACUCGCUGUCAGUGAGCUGGAGCACGGCUGAGAAGAAUAGAGCGAUAGAGCACCACAUGUUCCGCUCCGAGCGACAGUCUCUACGUCGUCUUCCCAAGACUGGUGCUGUGGCGUUUACGAUCCGAACGUAUUUCCACCCUGUGACGGAUAUUGUCAAGGAGGAUUACGUGCCGGGCAGACUGGCGAGUGCUGUGAGGAGUUGGGAUGACAAGGUUGCGAAUUACAAGGGUAGGCAAAAGUAUGGUGAGGUUUUGCUCGAGUAUCUUGACAAGGAGCAUGAGAAGCAGGUGGCGAGGGGUUUGCAAGUUGACAAGGAGCAUGAAGUUAGGAGAUAUCCUUGGUAG